AUGCUUGUAGUUGCUUUCUUCGGCUUGGCUUUGAUGGCAUGGCACCCCGGGGUAACCGCACAAGAGAAGGUGAACAAGAGAGUUAGCCGAGCUGCAACUCCUCAAGCAGUUGCCUGUCAGUUGAGCAACUGGUCAGAAUGGACAGAUUGCCUUCCAUGUCAGGACAAAAAGUACCGAUACCGGAGCCUCUUACAGCCAAGCAAGUUUGGGGGAACCAUCUGCAGUGGUGAUAUCUGGGAUGAGACCAGCUGUAAUAGUCCCACACCUUGUCUGAGGCAAGCACAGUGUGGACAGGAUUUCCAGUGUGGAGAGACAGGUCGCUGCCUGAAACGCCACCUGGUAUGUAAUGGAGACAAUGACUGCCUUGAUGGCUCCGAUGAGGAGAACUGUGAGGAUGCCAUGGCUGCUGAGGAUGACUGCCACCAGUAUGAACCAAUCCCAGGAUCAGAAAAGGCAGCCUUGGGGUACAAUAUCCUGACUCAAGAAGAAGCCCAGAGUGUGUAUGAUGCCAAGUAUUAUGGCGGCCAGUGUGAGACUGUGUAUAACAGUGAGUGGAGGAAGCUCCAGUAUGACCCAACCUGUGAGCGCCUCUACUAUGGAGAUGAUGAGAAAUACUUUCGCAAACCCUACAACUUCCUUCAGUACCACUUUGAUGCCCUGGCAGAUACUUUAAUAUCCUCAGAGUUAUAUGAUGAUGCCAAUGAGCUCUUUUCUGUAAUAAAAAAUGACAAGUUACAGUCAGAUGGCAUAACCUUUGGCAUAGGCGCAGCAAAAAUUCCUAUAACACUGGAGGGGACUGUAUCCUGGUCCAAGAAAUCUUCAUUCAUGAAGGAGUUAAGCAAGUAUAAUGAGAAGAAAUUCAGCUUCAUGAGAGUGUCUACAAAGGUACAGACUGCACAUUUUAAGAUGAGGAGGAACAAUAUUGUGCUGGAUGAAGGAAUGCUACAGUCCCUAAUGGAGCUCCCAGAGCAGUUCAACUAUGGAAUGUAUGCCAAGUUCAUCAAUGACUAUGGCACCCACUACAUUACCUCUGGAACCAUGGGUGGUAUUUAUGAAUAUAUUGUGGUGCUCAACAAAGAGAAAAUGGAAGUUUAUGGUAUUACCACAAAAGACAUUGAAAAUUGCAUCGGAGGUUCCGUGGGCCUGGCAAUAGGGGAUACUUUAAUCGUUGAAGGAGAUUUAUCAGGACUUAAGUCUUGUGAGAGGUCUGGAGAUGCUAACAGUGAAACAAACAAUACCAGCUCAGGAGUAGAGGACAUCAUCUCUCGGGUGCGAGGUGGCAGUUCUGACUGGGGCAGUGACUUGACACACAAAAGCAGUACCAUUACAUACCGGUCCUGGGGGAGAUCAUUAAAGUAUAGCCCUGUUGUUAUCGAUUUUGAGAUGCAGCCCAUCCACCAACUGCUGCGGCACACAAAUCUGGGGCCAAUGGAGACUAAACGGCGGAACCUGCACCGGGCCUUGGACCAGUACCUGAUGGAAUUCAAUGCCUGCCGCUGUGGGCCCUGCUUCAACAAUGGGGAGCCCAUACUCCAGGGCACCAGCUGCGAGUGUCAAUGUAGUCAGGGUCAGAAAGGCACUGCCUGUGAGCAGAGGGCGUUGGAGGGAAAAUCAGAUGGCCGCUGGAGCUGCUGGAGCUCCUGGUCGGAGUGCAGAGCAGGUACCCAAGAAAGGAGGAGACAGUGCAACAAUCCUGCACCACAGAGAGGAGGUGCCCCGUGCCCAGGGAAGAGCGUGCACACCAGGGCCUGCUGA